CUGCCUUCAAGUGUCAGUGAAGCUGUGAACAUGAGUGAAGGAAAGAAAUACAAUCAGAGGUACCGUACAAUCUGGGAGAAAGACAACAGGUUCAAAGGAUGGCUACAGCCUGUAGAGGGGGACAAGACCCAAGCACGGUGCAGAGUUUGUGGAACAACACUGAAGGCUCACUUGAGAUCUAUUAUUGGCCACAAUGAUGGAAAGAAACACAAGAAAAACAUGACUUCUUCUAGAUACCCUCCGGUGAUGGCGAGCGGUCUCAGUUGUCGAGUCUUUUGUCGUGGCAUCACCUUAACAGUCACAGGUCCUUGGAAUUAUGUGGCUGGCAAGCGGUGUGACCCUAUUGAUUCUUUGGGUUUUAUGAAGGUAACAGAGCCAGCAACAGGGCAGGUGAUGUGUGAGGUACCUAUAUCAGGGCCCACUGAGGUGGACCGUGCAGUUGCCAGUGCCAAAAACGUCUUUUCCACGUGGAGUAAAUUGUCUGGUCGAGAACGUGGUCAGAAGCUGUUAGAAGCUGGGCGCAUCAUCAGAGAAAAUUUAGAAAAUAUUUCAAGCUUGGAGGUACGUGACACUGGGAAGCCCAUAUGGGAGGCACGGGUAGACAUAGCAUCAUGUGCUGAUGCUUUGGAAUAUUAUGGUGGCCUGGCUCCUGCUAUUGUUGGCCAAUACGUCCCUCUGAAUGGAGGUUCCUUUGCCAUGGUACAGCGAGAACCACUUGGAGUAAUUGGAGGCAUUGGAGCGUGGAACUUCCCAAUGCAGACAUGUGUGUGGAAGGCAGCUCCAGCUCUGGCCUGUGGUAAUACAUUUGUGUACAAACCCUCCCAGUUCACGCCAAUCACAGCUGUAACCCUCAGUGAAGUUCUCACCCAAGCUGGUGUGCCACCUGGAGUCUUCAAUGUUAUUCAAGGAGAGGGAGAGGCUGGAGCCAAGUUAUGUGAGCAUCCAGACGUUGCCAAGCUCUCAUUUACUGGAUCUGUCUCAACUGGCACGAAGGUGAUGGCAGCUGGUGCUAAAGGUAUUAAAUCAGUGACACUGGAGCUUGGAGGUAAAUCACCAAUAAUUAUCUUUGAGGAUGCAGACAUGAAGAAUGCUGUCAAGGCUACACUGAUGGCGAACUUCCUCUCUCAGGGUCAGGUUUGUUCCAAUGGGACGAGGGUGUUUGUUCACCGGAGUAUUGCAAGUGAAUUUAUCAAGCAGUUAGUAGGUGCAACUGAAAAACUGAAAAUUGGUGAUCCAUUCGCUGAGGAUACUACCGUUGGGGCAACUAUUCAUGAAGAUCAUGCCAAGAAGGUUCUGAGUUAUAUUGCCUCAGCUAGAAAAGAGGGCGCAACAAUAUUGUGCGGAGGAGAACGUGUGAUGCAACAAGGAAAGCUGGCUGGUGGCUGGUACCUCUCACCAUCAGUGAUAGGGAACUGUCAAGACCACAUGAAGGUUGUGAAGGAAGAAGUGUUUGGUUCUGUUGCAUCAGUGCUGGAGUUUGACUCGGAGGAGGAGGUUGUUAAGCGUGCCAAUGACACAGACUUUGGCUUGGCAGGAGCAGUUUUUACUAAAGAUAUCCAACGUGGUCAUCGAGUGGCCAAUGCCAUAGAAGCUGGAAUGGUCUGGAUUAACACGUUCAAUUUAUAUCCAACCGAGAUUCCAUUUGGCGGUUACAAACACAGUGGAAUAGGUCGAGAAAAUGGUCUCACUGUGGUGGAUUAUUUCACACAGACGCGCACCGUGUAUGUGGAGAUGGGAGACGUUGACUGUGGCCCCCUCUACCAGGAUUAAGGUCACUUUGUAAUUAUUACUUCUAUCAGUCACAUUUUGAUAGUAUUCAAAUAUGUAUAUAAGUUCAAAGGUAUUGACAUAUUUCCUUUAUUUUGGGGGGUACUCUACCAGCAACUAAUAGUUUUUAUUUACUGGUACAGUACAUAACUAUACAAGGUGACUAAAAAAAAAUUAACAUUUAUAAUGUGUGGGGUUUUACUUUUUAUUUUCAAUUGCCUUUAAACAUUUUUUGUGGUGUAAACAAUGUUUCAUACAGUCUCUAUUUGCGAUCCACUGAUAUUAAUGCAUGUAUGAUAAUGGUUAAGUGUUGCCUCCAGACCCAUAAGGCACAUCUCAUGGUACUGAUUGGAUGACAUUUUUACAUGUUAAAAACAAUUUAAUCACCCCGCAUAUUAGAUUUUGAUGUUAACAUGUAUGGUAGGAAUUGUAAUACCAUUGACUAACAUUGUACUGGUACAGUAGCACUACUCAAGAGGGGUUAUGGGUAUUUCUUUGUUUAAAUACGAGUAUUUUAGCAUAUCUGGCUGGACUAUUAUCAUCUCAGAGCUGUACAGUAGUAGUAAACUUACAUAAAUUUUAAUAUUUGAAAGUGCAGUGUAACCUCAGCAGUCAGGACUCUCAUGGUCUCCAUUUUAGUGAAUUUGGAUAAAUUUAAGCUCUGAUAGGAUAUAUAUUAAACCAGGGGAUGGUGCUUGUAUUGCAGGGAUACAUACAAUAGUUGUACAAGUUUACUAAACUAGUACUGUACAGUACUGUAGUUUAUCAAGGACACUUGAAAAGAUAUGUGGAUGAAUUCAGUUUCAGUUGACCUAACAUUAUAAAUAAUUUUAAUGGUAAAUUUUUCCUUAUACUCUAUUAUAAUAGGAAUAAAAUAGCAAUUCAAAACUGGGAGUGAAGUGUAAGUAACUGUAAAUAGGAACCAUGCUGUGCUGUUAAACAAAAUUGAAAAAUAGAUUCAAAUGUGAUGGUUAAGUGUGAAUGUCACGUGUUUGUUACUACAGGUAUAUAUUUUAUAUUUUGCUAAUUAUUAAAGUGUUUUACAGGAA